GAUGUCAGGCUUCCAUUCGUCUAACUAGCCGUUUAAAAAUCACUUUGAAAAUGCCGAGCAUUUUGCCCUAGCGUUGAAUGGGGCGAUGGCGGAAGAAGCCCCAAAUGGUGCUUUGCGCUGCGCUUGGAAGGGGCCACAUGAUCCCGAUGAUGGGCCUCGCUCGAUCGCUAGCUUCUACAGGUGAAAUAUCGGUCACAGUCGUCUUCCAGAACGCUGGAGCUCGGAAUUCCAUCCAGGAAGCAACAUUCUUCUCAGGGCUGGACGUGGAGCUCGCUGUCUUAGACGCGGCUAAUCUGUGCGAGGAUCCGCCAUGGCUGACUGGCGGAUCCGUCAGCGCAAGGAUGCACAAGGAUCGAUCGCGGCGAUCGCCUAAGGCAGCAGCAGGUUCCAUGGAUCCAGAAUCGGCGCUUCGAGAGCUCCUCGCAGAUCUUCUCGCCUCUCCAUCGCCUCCGGUCUGCCUUGUGGCCGAUUUCUCGCUGCCGUGGACUGCCGCUCCAGCUCGCGAUCUAGAUCUGGCGAGGUAUGUGCUCUACACGGACCCUGCGAAUUUCAUGGCUGUGGCGUAUUUUUGCAAGAAGCUCGUGGAGAUGGCGAUCUUGCCAGCCAAAGAUCCCCGCGAGAAGAAGAUCGCUGUUCCUGGCGUCCCGGAUCUCUCCCAGCACGAUAUUUCGCAGUAUAUAUGGGAUUCCAGGGACCAAUAUCAUCCCCGGGUAGAACUCUGGCACCGAAAAACUGUGGAAUCCGACGGUGUGCUACUCAACACUUUCUACGAGCUCGAAUCUUCGGCCGUCGAUGCGCUUCGAGAAGAGAUUCUCCCCGGGACGAGCUUGUUCACUGUUGGGCCGCUCAUAGUGACUGGCUUUUCCGGCUCGGAAAGUGAUAGCAGAUGUGCGGUGUACGGGGCCGAGAAGAAUGCGUGCAUGGAGUGGCUGGAUUCCAAACCGGAAUCCUCUGUUCUCUACGUGAGCUUCGGCAGCUGGGAGGUUCUGGUGGACGAUCAGAUAACGGAGCUUGCGCAAGCAUUAGAAUCCAGCGGCUGUUUCUUCCUGUGGGUGGUGAGGCUCGCUCCAGGAUCCAGCAUUGGGAGCUUGCUGCCACAGGGAUUCGAGAGCAGGGUGAUCGCCCCUGGACGUGGUUUGAUCGUCACGACUUGGGCGCCUCAACAGGAGAUUCUCAAGCACCAGGCAACUGGGGGAUUUGUGACACACUGCGGCUGGAAUUCCGUGCUGGAGUGCGUUUGCUUGGCGGGUGUGCCAAUGGUUUGCUGGCCUUUGAUCUCGGAUCAACCGACGACGUGCCGGUUUGUGGUGGACGGGCUUAGAAUCGGAGUCGAGAUCCACGAGGAUGCGAGUGGUUUCGUGGAUAGGGGGGAGAUUGAGAAUGCCGUAAAGAUGGUGAUGGUGGAAGGCGCUGAGAUGCGGCGCAUUGCCGGGGAGUAUAAGAGACUAGCAGCGAUUGCCGCUAGCGAGGAGGGGAGCUCGAGCAUCAGCUUAAGAGAAUUCAUGGACAAGGCACUCAAGGGACGAAGUUAUGUCCCUUGCAACUCCGGGAACUCUACGUGAUCAUCAUGGUUAGCAGUCACUGGCAGUAGAUGCUAGCGAGCAGAAUUUGGUGACUACUGUCUCUAGGAUCGAGCUCGAAGCCACGCUCAGCGCAGUACUUGGCACCGCGAACACGACCAUGGCUUUUGUAAGCUGCCAGCAACGUAGCCCAAGCCACAGGAGAGUCUUGUAGCACCGGAAGACUGUGAACGAGCUCCUCGGCGAUUGACAAGAAUCCCGAUCGCGCAGUAACGUCGACCAUGCAGCACAGAUGCUCCAGCCGCGGCGUCACGCCUUGCUCUUGCAUCAGAUGAAGGUAGCAACGAGCUUCAGCAACAAGGCCGGCAUGGCUGCAAGCUUUUACGAGAGCCGAGUACGUUAUCUCAUCAGUUUCCACGCUCUCCAUCCUCAUCGUAUGGAACAGUUCCUUGCAGCGCUCGACCCGCCCGAAGCGUCCACAGGCCGUCACCAACACGUUCCAGCACGCGUUGCUAGUGUGGAGAACGUCGUGAGGAAAACUCGUACUCGCAAUGAGCUUGCAGCAAAGCAGUCCAGGAAACAACGUCCGGGUAGAGAAUGCCGUCGAAGGUGAUCUUCGCAAGCUCUGUGUGCCCGUUGCGAGCGUGCAUCGAGAGAAGAAUGUUGGAGAGCAGCACGUCUAGUUCAGGCAGUCGAGAAAGAAAAUCGAGCGCGUGAGAGGAAUGCCCCUGUUGAGCAUACAUUUGCAGCAUCGACGCCCAAGGCACCGUCAACCAGCACGGCAUCGCGUCAAACACCAGCUUUGCUUCUUCCAAAUACCCGGCUUUGGCGAAUCCAUCGAGCAGGCAAGUGUAAGUCACUAGAUUUCGUGCAGGCAUCUGAUCAAACAAGCUCUUUGCCUUGUCCAGGAAGCCAUGGUUUCGUACGUAAGCGAAGAUCAUGGUGUUCCAAGAGAUGAUGUCCCGUACGCCAGCCAUGGCGUCGAACAAAGCUCUGGCCUUGUCUACAAGGACACGGGACUGGCUAUACGCCGAGAGAAGGAUGUUCCACGACGCUACGCUUCGCUCCGGCAUUCUCACGAAGAGAUCCUCGGCGUCUUCCAGGUACGAAAGCUUUGCAUAAGCUGAGAUCAUCGAGUUCCAGGAGACGACGUUGCGCUCGAGCAUGGAGUCGAAAAUCCGUCUGGCAUCCGAGAGAUGACCGUGCUGGGCAUGCGCUUGGAGCAUGGCUGUCCAGGACACGACGUUCCACUCGGGCAUUCUCUCAAACGUCGCCUGCGCUCCCUCGAGAUGCCCAUUUACGGCAUAAGCCUGGAGAAGGAUCGUCCACGAGUAGACAUUUGGGCGAGCGAUGGUGUGGAAAUGCGACACCGCCCGCUCCAAGUUGGCGCUCUGGCCAUACAAAUCAAUCCUCAAGUUUGCCUCCA